AAUUUUUUUUUUUUUUUCCGUUGUUUGGUCGUCAAGAUGAAGAAUCUGUGGCUUUUCUUCCUCGUCGCGCUGUCGACUGGGUUUAUCAGCGACAAGCUCCUUGUCCUGUCCCAGUCAACUACUUCCCAAGCAGAUGACCUUUACAUAGAGGAACCGGGAUCAGGUGACGUCCCCAUAGACGAUGAAGAUGGUGAAGAUGAUGGAUCUGGCUCUGGGUCAGGGUCUGGAGACCAUGGUUUCAGUAUCCUGUCAGAUCAAGACGAAUUAUUCAGGUUCCUGAACAUCACUGAGAGCAUCCUUUACAAAGAGCUGCUGCCACUUCCACCACAGCCAACUGUGAGCUCUGCUGCCGAUCCAGAACCUACACCAUAUGACACUGAGACUGCAGACUCCACAAACAACUAUGUUGUUAGCCAAGGCCUGAGUACCAGUACCAGUACCAGUGUCAGUGCCAGUCCUGUCGAUGUGACUACUGAGUUUAGCCCUCCUGUGAAUGAAGAGAUCCUAUUGGACACCAAAGUCUUGAUCAAAGUUGAAAGUGAGAAUUUUCCUGAAGGCGGACGAAACAGCCGGCGGAACGAGCUCAACUCUCCACAGGAAGUCACUUCUGAGAAUCUGUGGGAGAGGACAGAGGUUCUUGCAGCUGUCAUUGCCUGCGGAGUGGUCGGAUUCCUUUGUGCCAUUUCCCUCCUCCUCCUCCUCGCCUACCGCAUGAAGAAGAAGGACGAAGGAAGUUACGAUUUGGGAGACACCAAAAUGUCUGCAACAGCUUACCACAAAGCGCCCACCAAGGAGUUCUAUGCCUGAACUAACCAGCAGGGACAAUCUAAUGUGGAGUCUGGCUCCUUCUGAUCAGGACUAAAUAAGGAUCUUUAAACAGCUGAAGAAGAUUCCUUCAGAUGAAGUUUGAAGUGUCUGUUCUCCUCCAGUGCUGCAGACAUAUGUUGUUGUUGUUUUUUUUGCAUCCUCAUCCAUCCCCAUCUGUUUGUGUUUGCCACCAUUUUCUGCUUUUUUCUCUACUUAAUGCUAAGUUCCUAUGCAGAAACGGUAAUAAGGAAACAAAUGUAUUCCUCCUCAAAUGCAUUUGUGUCAUUUCCUUCCUGGGAAGGACGUUGGCAUAAAUAUUGAAUGAGCUUUUUUUUUUUUUUUUUAAAAAAAAGGAACCUUUCCUUCACCCUAAAUGGACCACAGAUGUUCUAAUUUUGUAUGUUUAUCAAAUUAAUACUUGUUCUAACACUGUGCCUUCAGACCUUUUCAGCUGAAUCACACUGUAAUUCAUUGUCCCUUUUUAGAGGAGCUCAACAAGAAGAUGGGGGCGUGGGGGAACUGAGAAAACCGGACUCUGAUAGUUUUGAUUACUUUUUAAUUAAAAUGGUACUACAUAUAUUAGUAUUACAACCCUGUUCUUGUUGAGGUCAUGCUUUCUUCAUUAGUUCACUUCUGUUAUAUUUCAUUUCGUUUAUGCUUCUUUGUUAAAAUCUUAAUAUUUUUGUUAUGACAAUGAAUCUUUUCAUAAGCUGCCCAGUAUUGCCAUGAGAGAUUUUCUUACGCUGCAGGUACAAGUUCGAUAUGUAUGUAUGUUUGUUUUUUUUUUUCCUUCCUCCCUAAAGAUAUUUAACAGUUAUAGAAACUGACCAAAUAUAAUAAACAUGCUUUACCUUUUUCAAAAAAAAUUUUUUUUGAUGUUAAUGUUUAGAGGAUAUAUUUCUGUAAGCCAAGAGAUUUCCAUUCCAUACAGGUCCCUCAGGUAUAUAGCGUGUUUCAAACAUUUCUUAUAUUUUCAGGAUUAUCUGACUUGGUGACUGAGUUCUGCAGGCAUGUGGGACAGGUAGAGCCAAAACUAAUGACUAUAAUU